CAUAGUCUGCAUCUGCAUACCCCUUCAGUGGUUUAUUGCAUGCACGAUAAUGCACUUUCAUAUCUAUAGUUGCAGCUAAAUACCUCAAUAUAUGCAUUAUACUCGCCUGAUGCUCACUAUGCGGAUCUUUGUUACGCUGUACCAGCUUUGCUACGGAAUGGAAAAUAUCUGGUCUUGUCGAAAGUGCUAGCCACAUCAGCGGACCUAUUGUAGACUGAUAAGAUGUCUGGUCUACCUUCUUGCAAACGUCGCUGUCGCAUGCCACUUGAAAACCAACAUCUAGUGGUGUAUAUGCCGGUCUGCAUUCACUUAUACGAUGUUGCCGUAACAAAUCUUUUAUAUACUGUGACUGCCCAAUUAAAAUUUCGCCCAAUUCACCAUCUCGCUCUAUCUGCAUACAAAGAAACAUAUGGAGAGAACCUUUGUCGACGCACUCAAACCUUUCACAUAUUUUUGCUUUAACGUCAACCAACACUUCCUUUGACUGGCAUGCUAAGAGAAGAUCGUCAACAUAUACAUACAAGUAUCAACAAAGAUGAUGGCCGACUUCCUAAACGCAAGUUGCGAUGCAUAACUCGAAAAAAUGCGUAUAAAAUGCAAAGCUGAUUUUCAACGCAACUCUGCGUUGCAAAUAAAUGCUUUGCAUAUAAAUGACGUUUAGGAACGUCAUCGUAAAACUCAUACAUAAAACAUAUGUCAAAUAAUGACUGUUAUUACAAAUAACGAAAUUUUGAGUUAAUAUGGACGAGAGAAGAAAUUAUUCAUUAAUUUUAUUAGCAAAUGCUGAAGAAUUAGCUUUAGCUUUAGCUAAUUCUUCAAAUAUUAAGUUAAUAAAAAAACUAAUUGAAAAGAAAAAAAGAAGCAGCAGUUUUUAUUAAGGACUUUGAAUUUAACGAGAAGAGAGGUGGUGAAAAAUAAAAAAUUUUGUGGAUCUAUUGUAUUGAUGGAAGACGAUAUAUUUUAUUCCCAUUUUCGGAUGCGAAGAAGCACGUUCAAGAGGCUGAUGACUAUGCUAGAACCAAUGUGGACCGAAUCAUCAACAGGUCGUACUGCAGUUUCCAUGGAAAAGGCAUUGUAUUUGACAAUUUGGAAGCUUGCCAAUAAUACAUCAUUUCGACAAAUUAGUGACAGAUUUGAUGUAGGAAUGGGCGCCACUUAUAGAGCAUUUAUUAAAAUCCUCAAACUUAUAUGUCGUCUAAAAUCGACAAUAAUAAAAUUUCCAACUACUACUGCAGCUCAAAAAAAGAUCGCUGAUGGGUUUUCUCAACGUCGCCACAAUAUAUUUCCUUUUGUAUUAAGAUGCAUUGAUGGAACGCACAUUCCCAUAUCACAACCAAAAAAUGAUGCAAUAAGUUUCUAUAACAGAAAAGGGACGUUUUCCAUCAUUGCACAGGCCAUUGUUGACAGCGAUAUGAAAUUUCUGGACGUCUUUGUCGGCUGUCCCGGACGAUGUCAUGACGCAUCAGUGUGGCAAAGGAGCCCAUUUCGUAGAGCACUAGUAAGCGGUGAAUUAAAAAUUCCACCAAAUCACCACUUCUUAGGCGACGCAGCUUAUCCGCUAGAAACGUUUCUCAUGGUGCCAUAUCGGGAUAAUAGUUUUUUAACAUCGCAGCAGAGCAAAUUUAACACUAUUUUAAGCACUAACCGAGUUUUUGUUGAACAGGCGUUCGGGAUAUUAAAACAAAAGUUCAGAAUUUUAAAAUUUAUUGGUGUACAGCUCGCUCAUAUUCCAAAAAUUAUUGUAUUAACGUGCAUGAUAAUACAUAACGUGAUUAUAAUCAAUGAAGGUCAGCAAAACAUUGAUUGCAUAGAAUUGGACGAAGAGGAGGCCCAAACAUCUGAAGUUAGUGUUCCAUCAUUGCAAAGAGAUGAAGCCCAACAAAAACGAAAUGCCCUGCAGCGUUGUUUUCAAGUUGAAUUAAACGACAAUUCUAAAAUAAAAAACACAAUUUGA